AUGAGCAUAAUGCGAGGAGCUCUUGUGCUUGACUGUAGUGGGCUUGAACAGGGAAAUGAAGGGGAGGCGGCGUGCGCGACUAGUGCUCCUGCACAUCCAAUUUUCAUGCUCCCGGGUAUAGCAGGAAGCGGCCUGAUGGUCAGUGCCAAAAACGCUUCCCUUCCCCUUUGCAGUUCUUCACCCGUCUCCUUUCCAGUGCCAUUCAGGGUGUGGGCCUCACUGUCCCUCGUCAGACCUCCGCGUUCCCACCAGCUCUGUUGGAUGGACAUCAUGCAGCCAGUUGCAGAUGAGAAGGGAGAGAUUUACGCUAGUAAGGAGGGAGUCAACGUUGAAGUCGACAGCUAUGGGACUGCCCACGGCUUCGAUUAUUUGGACUACUUCUACAACGAACGGUUUGGAGUACCUGGGACAGCCUACUUUCACAUGAUGCUACGCACCUUUUAUUGGAUGGGAUAUCAAGAGGGCACGUCCCUCAUAGGCAUACCGUAUGAUUGGCGCCUUCCCCCGUGGCAGAUGGAUUUUGGCCGUCUGAAAUCAGAAAUUGAAUCGCGUGUUGGGGCCAUGGGGGGAGCGAAGGCGGACGUUCUAGUGCACAGUUUAGGGUCAGUUGUCUUUAAUUAUUUUCUUCACAAAGUGGUGGACCAGCAGUGGAAGGACAAAUACAUCAACUCAUACACCCUCGUCGCCCCAGCAACGGGAGGAAGCUUUAAAGCCAUCAAAGCUCUUCUUACUGGUUACAAUGACCCGGUUGACUUGACGUUUUGGACUCUUCUGGAUAUCAGCCUUAUUCCUGUGGACAUUUUGCGGGACCUCUCCCGCAGUCUUGGUUCCAUCUAUGCCCUCCUGCCGGAUAUUGACCUCUAUGGACAAGAUCACUUGGUUGUAAGGCAGUUGCAGCCGAAAAAGUCGGGUUCCUUUUCCCCGGCAUUCUCUGCUUUCAUGAGCGGAGGCUCAGAUGGAAAAGCCCAGAUGCAUAUGGAAGCAAACGGCCGCAAUCUUGAGUUCAGGAGACUGGCGGACGCAACACCACCGGCCGAAUGGGGGGCGCAAACGGCGAAGUGGGCUGCGCAGGGAAACGGAAGGACAGAAGGUGAUGGAAGGUUGCCAAAGACACAACAGUCACGGGAAGAAUUGGUGCAAGAGAUCAGUGCUCAGGUCGACCAGCGGACGCAGCAGGUGCGGCAUUACGCAGCAGAGGCGCAGGAAAGGAUGGCAGGAAUAAAACAUUUGCUGGCCGAAGAAGCAGAAGACUUGGAAGAAGUAGUCUACACCCUGGGGAACUGGACAGCUCUAUUGCCUCCAGAAUUGCGACUUCGAGCGGAAACAGCUAAACAGCAUAUGCAGGGGAUCUUGAAGGACCCGGGGGUUCCUACUAGGUGCAUUUGGAGCGUUUUCGGUUUUCCUUCUACUGAUGUCGGCUAUAUUUACACAGGCGCAGACCUGUCGCGCAAACCCGUCCCAGUACUCGACGUUGGGGAUGACACGGUUCCUCUCCGGUCUCUCUCAGUUUGCGCAGGUUGGGCAUCGACGUUUGAGGUGAAGACGUUCAAGAAUUUGGACCAUAUGUUCAUAUUUGGGGACGUUAUAACACGUGCCUUUCCGGCGGAGCUGUCGGCAGAUUCAACUGGUACCAGACGUACCGACGAUUUCGUCUUGGAAAUGUUUUUGGUCUAG